GGAAUCAAGAAGCUGAAACUGCUAACCGAUCAGGGCGCAUAGAGACACGGUUACGCAAUUAACCGUUUGGUAAAUGAAAAGUUUCGCACAGUUUGUGGGCAUCUCACAGGUCCGGAGCAGAUGCAGCAGCUGUGCCGUGGCCCCAUUCCCACUUGCCCAGCUUCAAAUUCAUUUAAAUGCAGAAUCUUUUUGCUAAAAGGCAAAGCUGACAAUUUAUAUAAAGACAGAUGCAUCAUCUGUACCCAUCGCUGAAAGGCGACCAGCUCUGCCCACUUGGGUUUCAUCCCCAGACGCGUUAUCCCACAAGAUGCAAGCGUUGUUUUCGUGAUUACAAAGAACAUGGCGCACGAAGAGGGGGCGACGAUGUGGCCGCCUCCUCGCCAAAUCUUUCAGAUGCCCAAAGUGCCCGGCCCACAUCACGUACAUGGACAUCCACGACGAAUUUAUCAAGUUUAAACACAAACAACAGUAAUGACAUAGAGCUAAAGAAGCGUCCGCAGUCCUGGGCCUCAACACCGGACGUUGAUGAGGCAUCGCAUGGACCGGGACGCUCAUCCGCUGCGUCCUCAGCCUCAGCCUCAGCAACGACGGCGACAUCCUCACGUCCAAACGACGAUCACAAUGUGGCGGUCACCCUGAAGCUACCUGUGCCGCCACGACGCCACACAACCGCCUUGGACAUCAAUGAGGUGGACCACACACUUACGCAGGACCGAGUCACAUCCUCCCCCAGUAAAACUUCAAGUAUUCCAGAUGAGCUAGUCAUCCUAUCGACAGACAGUCUUGCCGAGCGUGUGCGCAAAAUGAAUCUGCUAAAGAAGCAUCGUAGCCUCAAUUCAAGGGAGAACAGUCGGGAACGCUCCACGCCACGCAAGGAUGAGGAAAGCGAGGCCACAUUGUCGCCACCGGAUCGACCGGAGAGGAGCAAAUCUGGCACAUCGAUCAACCAGCAGGCGGAACUUAAACGCGCCUCCCUGCCACCCAAGAAGGUAGCGGCUGUGACAACUACAGCCAAUCAAAAUGCCACAACAACCGCAACAACCGCAGCAGCGACUACAAAACCUAAAUCAGUUGCCACAAUUCCGACAGAAGUCAAAGUCUCAUCAUCAUCAUCAUCAUCAUCCAGCAACAGUUUGAGCAGUUCGCGUCGCAAGGAAAUGGAAAACAGCAAUGGCAAGGAUAUCAAAAGACAAACCGUACCAGCGGCAGCUGCAACUGCAUCAACACCAAUAGCAACAACAGUGGGUGCAAGUGCAUUAAAGGAACAAAUGGCAGCGCUGCGCACGGAUCUUGAGGCAAUGAAGACGCGGGCUGAGCGGGCCGAGCGUGAGAAGAGCGAUAUACUGCUGCGAAGAUUGGCAUCGAUGGACACCGCCUCGAAUCGCACGGCUGCCUCGGAGGCGCUGAAUCUGCAGCAGAAGAAUGAGAUGAAGGACCAGCUGGAUCGGGUGACGGAAGACAAACGCAAACUGAAUUUGCGCAUGAAGGAGAUGGAGCACAAAGACAGCACGUCCGAGCUGAAGCGCAAGCUGCAGGCCGCCGAGCAAAUCUGCGAGGAGCUGAUGGAGGAGAAUCAAACGGCCAAAAAGGAAAUACUCAAUUUGCAGGCGGAAAUGGAUGAGGUACAGGACACGUUUCGCGACGACGAAGUCAAGGCCAAAACGAAUCUGCAAAAGGAUCUCGAGAAGUCAACCAAAAACUGUCGCAUUCUCAGCUUCAAGCUGAAGAAGAGCGAACGCAAAAUCGAAACGCUCGAACUGGAAAUGCAAAGCUCCUACAAUGCGGAGCUGUGUGCCAAGGUCAAAAAGCUGGAGGAGGAGCUGCGCUUCUCCAGCGAGCUAACACGCAAGCUGCAGACUGAGGCUGAGGAGCUGCGUAAUCCGGGCAAAAAGAAGGCACCCAUGUUGGGUGUACUGGGCAAAUCGACGUCAGCCGAUGCAAAAAUCACGAGAGAGUCUUUGACGCGUGGCGGCUCACAAGAAGAUCCGCAGCACUUACAGCGCGAGCUGCAGGACUCCAUUGAGCGAGAGACAGAUCUGAAGGAUCAACUCAAAUUUGCCGAAGAGGAAUGUCGUCAGCUUAAGGCAUUGAGGGCAUCUAGAAAUCGUGGCACCCAACUGAAUCGUGGCACCCAAACUGGUGAUCUGCUGGCGAUUCCUUUAGCGUUUCCCCGUGCCACACAGACGCCGCAAAUAGUUCAAACUGAUGCCGCCAGCAAUACAACGUCCAAGCCAGACACCCUGACUGGGCAAACACAAACUAGCGUGGUCGAGUCUUGCGACAAUGCCACACAGACCAACUUCGAGCUGAGCGCCAGAAAUCUUUCCGUUGAACGUGAAACUUCACCGUUUGUGUCACUCUUUGCACCCACAGCUGCAACCAGGGUUGUGAAUUCAACUUCUUUGCUUUUUCCGAGCGCCAUGUCUCAUGUGCUUUUGGCAGGAGCUAGUGCAGCUCGCAAACUGAGUCCUGCUCCGCAUCCACAUCGAUUGGCGCCCGAGGUGCAUGCGGAUCGCGAUGAGGGCAUUUCCGACGAGGAUGAUCCCGCCGAGCUGCGCAUUCUACUCGAACUGAAUGAGCAGGAAGCCUCAAUACUGCGCCUAAAAGUUGAGGAGCUAGAGAAGGAAAAUGCCGAGUCCAAGAAAUAUGUGCGUGAAUUGCAAACGAAACUGCGCCAGGAUAACAGCAAUGGCAGCAAGAGUUCACUGCUAAGUUUCGGCAGCUCCUCCAGCGUCGCUGAGAAGAAACUAAAGACGCUCAACGAUGAGCUGACCCAGAUGCGCAAGAGCCUGCAAGAUAAGGAACAAAGUAUGGACACAAUGCGGUCACAGAUCGCCAAGCUGGCAACGCUGGAGACCGAUAACGACAAACUGGCCAAGGAGAAUAAGCGCCUGCAGCUGCAAACGCUACGUAGGGCGAGCUCCACCGAAAAGAAUGGUGACUCAGAGUUGCCCAAGCUGAAGGAGGCACUGGCACAGGCACAGAAGGAACGCGAUGAACUAACGACUCGGGUGAAACGAAUGCAAGUGGAGGCGGAGGGCAAGUUGCCAGCUCGGACACCGAAACGGGUCAACGAUCUGACGCCAAAGAGUCAUCUAAAGAAGUGGGUCGAGGAGCUAGAAGACGAGAUCAGCGAAAUGCGUGUGCAGCUGGGCAGCAGUGGUGUCAGUCAACUGAAGGCGCUGCAGUCGUCAAAGGACUCCCUGGAAGAGGAGCUGCAGAAGUGUAAGCAAAAGCUGACGCUGGCCGAGGGAGAUGUGCAGCGCUUGAAGCUGCUCAAUGGCAGCAGCAUCAAGACGAAGGAGCUGGAACAGAAGCUUAGGAUUAGCGAUGAGGAGGCCAAGAAGCUCAAUACAAAACUCAAGGAACUGGAAGACAAGCUGAAGAAACAAGAUAGCCAGCUAAAGCAGAGCGAAUCGAGCAAAUCAACACUGGAGACGCAAUCCAAACGGGACAAGGAAAAAUUCACCAGCUUGGAGAAAGACUUUGAGAAGCAAAAUAAAGAGCGUGAAAAACUCGAAUCGAAGAUCAGUCAAUUGGACAGUGAACUCCUAAGUGCCAAAAAGUCAGCAGAGAAAACAAAAACAUCGCUCGAGAAGGACAUCAAGGAACUGAAAGCCAAAUCCAGCAAAUCCGACAGCAAACAGGUGCAGGAGCUGAAAAAACAGCUGGACGAUGCACAAACAACGCUCAGCGAGGAACAGAAGCGUUACGAGGAAUUGAACACCCAUUGGGAGAAGCUCUCCGAAGAGACGAUCCUAAUGCGUGCCCAGCUAACAACGGAGAAGCAAAGCCUGCAGUCCGAACUGAAUGCCAGCAAGUAUAAACUUGCCGAUAUGGACACUAUACGCAUUGAGCGCACCGAUAUGGCCCGCAAGUUGAACGAGGCGCAGAAGAAGAUCAAGGACCUGGAGGUGAAGACCCUAAAGACGGGCGGCAGCAGCGAACACGAGCGCAGCAUGUUGAAGAACAAGCUGGCGGAGAAGGAGCACGAAUAUGAGCGACUGCGACGGGAGAAUGAAAUGAAUAUCGAUCUGGUGUUCCAGUUGCGUAAGGACAACGAUGAUCUGAAUAGCAAACUGAGCGAUUUCAAUCGCAUCGAACAGGCUCAAUCAUCCCUUAACGGUCAUGGCGCCAGACGCGAGGCUGAAAUCAAGGACUUGAAGACACAAUUGCAAGCCUCGGAACUGCAGCUAAAAUCCGAAGUAGCCUCCACGCGCCUACGCUAUGAGCAGCAGGUGAAGAAUCUCAGUGGAGAACUGACAUCCAUGCAGCGUCAAUGUGAACGCUUCAAGAAAGAUAGAGAUGCCUUCAAGCAGAUGCUCGAGGUGGCGCAGAAGAAGAUCGGUGAUCUCAAGGCUAACAAUACGGGUCGUCAAAGUCGCAGCUCCAUCCACAGCAGCGAUGAUGAUGAUAAGAGCAAGAUUGCAUAUCUCGAGCAGCAGAUUGGUCAUCUUGAGGAUCAGCUAGUCGAAUCCCGUCUGGAGUCUAGCAAAGUCAAAACGGAACUUGUGUCCGAGCGCAGCGCGAAUGAGAUAAAAAUAUCCGAGAUGCAGUCAAAAUUAAACGAAUUCGAGGAGGAACGUGUCAUUGGAUCUGGCAGCACAAAGCUACCCGGCAUGAAGACCAAACUGGAGCUGUCCUGGCAAAAGGAGCGCGAGGAUCAGCAACGUCUGCUGCAGGAGACAUCCACCUUGGCUCGCGACCUGCGACAGACCCUAUUCGAGGUGGAACGCGAACGGGACAAAGAGCGACUCGAGUCCAAGCGAAAGCUGGAUCAAACCAAACGUUCGACGGAAGAGGAAAUGGAGGAGGGACGGAAAAAGAUUGCCGAGCUGCAGUGCGAUCUACUGGAGCUGCGAGAUGUGCAUGCCAAGCUGCGCACCUCCAACGAGAAGCUGCGGCGAGAGCGAGAACGUUAUGAAAAGGAACUCAUCAAGCGACGCAUGGAACAGGAUGGUGGUGAGCGUAAAGUGGGUGCACUUCUGCAGACUGUUGACGAGCUGGUCAAGAUUGCUCCCGAUUUAAAAAUCGUGGGCAGCUCCUCUGGACGCAGUCCGUCCUAUGGGGAGAAUCAACUGCGACCGGAGCAGGCGAAUGUGCGACGCAGUCGAAGUCCAUCGCCAGUGUUGACCAACACACAGAUCACCAAUGUCUUGGCACGUUUGGCCGAAGCGUCCGAGGAGCUGCGCAAGUUCCAGCGUGUCAACGAGGACGAACAGGAGCGUAAUCGUAUUCGUCGCAGCAAUCUGCGACGUGCCGCCUCGCAGGAGAAUGAUCCGCAUGGCAGCCAGAGUUCUGUGGCCAGUGCGGCAGGCUCCCAACGUGGUGGACGUUUGUCCCGCAAUUCUUCCAACAAUGGCAGCCUGAUACGCAAGAGUCUCUCCCUGGAUCACUCCAUACAACGCGAUCAGAAUAUAUGGCGUCAAGAUGAUGGCAGCGUGUCGUCCAUACAAUCCAUUGACUCGGAGCUGGGCGGAAUGGUGCGCGACUCCAGCUUGGACUCGCGCCUCGACUCCCGCCUGUCAGGUGGCUCCACCCAAAGUGACUUGCCCCGUGGACCGCGCAAAAAGAAGAAGGGUAUUAUGGGCAAGCUACGCAGUCUGACUAAAAGCAGUCGCAAUUCCGAGAGUGAAAUAUCGAUUCAAGGAUCUGAUUCAGACAUAAGCGUAGCGAGCGACAUGCGAUCAAGCAAAAAGGAUCUACGUGGACGCUUGUCCGGGAUGUUUAAGCGAGCUGGCUCCACUUCACGCAGCGAGAGCACGGAGCGAGCCAGCUCGGAGCAAAGACCCGUUGCCGUUACGGUCGUUGGGCAUGCGGAUGGGCCACAGCCACGUGAGCCACCGCCAGCCAAUUCACUCACACCCAAGCCCAUACGUUCGAUACCAAAACCGCCGACUGGCACACCCACCACACCAACCACAAGACGGCGCCAAGCCAAGUAGUCAUCGAGUCAUUAAGGAUUCAUCAUAGUUAGUACACUUACACUCAGUAAUUUGAGUUGCAUUCAAGGAUCAGUUGUUCCCACAAGGUGCACAAUGGUACAUCUCGUACAUCGCUCGUCUGCGCAUUUUUUCAUAUACCAACUGCCUAGGAACUUGAACUUCAUCUUCAUCAUCUUGCAUAAUUAUUUAUUUGACCUGCAAAUGUUCUUUAAUUUAUUAAUUUUUUUAUUUCGAAUUUUAAAUAAAAAUGUACAUCU